AUGGCGGAUACUCGAGCCAUGACCUCAGACAUAGUCUCCGUUCGUUCGGCAACGUCCACCAUCAAAGAGGCAAGCGGACCUCUUGCCAUCGAGGCCGGCUUCAAAACCGAGAAGGCGAGCGAUCCAUAUCUGGUUCUCUUCGACGAAAACGAUCCUCUUGAUCCGAAGAACCUCUCAGUAGCCAGAAAAUGGUACUUGACGGCCAUUGCCGCGCUACUCGUUCUCAAUUGCACGUUCGCAAGUGCAACUCCCUCAAAUAUCAUUCCUCUGCUUCGGGAGGAGUUUGGCUUCAGCGAGGAGGUUGGCAUAUUAACGAUAUCAUUAUUCGUAUGUGGCUAUAUUGUUGGCCCUCUUCUCUGGGGCCCUCUAUCCGAAACCUACGGUCGACGGCCUGUUUUCGUUGGUUCUUUCUUCGUCUACAUGUGCUUCCAAAUAGGUUGUGCACUCGCAAAGAACACUGCGUCGAUAUUAGUCUUCCGUCUUUUGGGCGGCAUAUUCGCCGCUGCUCCUCUCGCAAACUCUGGUGCCGUACUAUCGGACAUAUGGGAUGCCAAGACCCGAGGAAACGCCAUGACUCUCUUCACCGUCGCUCCCUUCGCAGGACCCGGAGUUGGUCCCCUCGUAGCCGGGUACAUCGCAGUCGCCGGCAUUUCGUGGCGAUGGCUGUUCUGGAUCAUGGCGAUUUUCGCCGGAAUUUGCUGGUUGCUUAUCGUCUUCACCGUGCCUGAGACGUAUGCCCCUGUCAUCUUGACAAAGAAGGCAAAGUCUCUGCGUAAAUCCACUGGGGACAGCCAGUACUAUUCAGCUAUGGAGGCUCGUGUGCUGACAUUCGCGGAACGGUUUGAACACAUCCUCGCACGCCCUUUCGUGAUUCUUUUCCAAGAACCGAUGUUGAUUGCUAUUACCGCUUAUAUCAGUUUCGUGUAUGGCUGCAUGUACCUCCUCUUCGAAGCGUACCCAAUCGUCUUUACCGAGGGCCACCACUUGAACCUUGGCCAGUCGGGGCUGAUGUUCUUACCCCUGCCUAUUGGCGGUAUUAUCUCCGUGAUUUUAUACAUCAUAUUCAUCAACCCCCGUUAUGCCAAAAAGGUCGAAGAAUAUGCCCCAGCGCCAGUGCCACCUGAAGCGCGCUUGGAAAUUGCUCUGCUUGCGGCGCCGUUCUUUGCGAUCUCAUUCUUCUGGUUUGCAUGGACAUCCUACCCCAGUAUUUCGCUUUGGGCUCCAAUGAUGUCUGGCGUACUGCUCGGCAUCUCCAUUUGUUGGAUUUUCCUUUCUCUAUUGAACUACAUCAUCGACGCGUACUUGAUCGCCGCGGCCUCCGCGCUCUCCGCAAACACCAUCGUCCGUAGCUGCUUCGGGGCUGGCUUCCCGUUGUUCGCCACUCAAAUGUACGAAAAACUUGGUUCGCAGUGGGCAUCGACGCUGCUCGGCUGCCUUGCCACGGUCAUGAUCCCGAUCCCCUUCAUCCUCGUGAAAUAUGGACCCAAGCUGCGCGCCAAGUCCAAGUUUGCGCCUUCCGCGUAA